AGUGAUUUCUCCACAGGACGGGUCCGUCUCUCCACCCCACAUCAUCUAGUCUCGGAUGUCUCCUCGCAGCGCUCGCUUCGCGACUAACAGAAAGCUUUAAACGGAGUAUUGAGUCGCUGCAAGUGUGAGAAACAUGGGGAAAGUAAACAUCUGGCUGAGACGGAGCUUCAUGGGCGUGACAAGUGUUAUGGCGAUCGUCAGUUUGCUGCUGUUGGGAAUGACUCUGUUUGGCCAUGGACUCAUGUACAGAGAUGAGGAGGUAGAAGAAGCUACCAAAGGCCUACAUUUCCUGUAUGGUAUUUCUGUUGUAAUUCUCUUCUUUGCCAUCCUUGGUGGGUUUGGUGCUUACAAAGAGAAGAAGUGGGCACUAAUAGUGUUCGCAGCCGCUAUGAUCCUCAGCUCUCUGUUCGUGAUUGUAACUGGAAGUUUUGGACUGGCUGCGAAACAUCAGAUCGGAGACGAAAUAAAAAAACAAUACCUCAACCUCUUGCCGCUCCCUAACUCUACUGAAAACGUGUUAGAUGCCUUCAGUGAAGCACAGAUCGAAUUUCAGUGCUGCGGGUUGGAGCAGGGCUACACCGACUGGGGUGACAGCAUCCCAGAAUCCUGCCUGUGUACUGAAGGGUCCACUAAUGCCUGUGUGGCUGCUCCUAGAAACAGUAACCUCCGAAAGGAUGCAACAGAUGACCAACCAGUCUUGAUUUUUGCCAAGGCUUGCCUCCCGUACUUCAUUGAGCACGACAUCAGUUUCAUACAAAUCGUCUUUGGCACGAUGCUGGGAUACACGUUACUGUGGGUGUUGUCAGUCGUGCUGUGUAUCGCCAUCCUGUGUCAACUGAACGUGAAGGAGGAAACCCCGACGGUGGUCUACAGCAAAGAGGCAAAGGCGGGCAAUUAUACUUCCCUCACAGAGACUCUGAACUGAUGCAACACGCUUGUUUGUUCUGUUUUUUCUGUUUUAUUUGCUACUAUUCCCAACGGGAACUGUAAAACUAUUAUACCUUAUCCAACGAGUUAAAGUCCGUUUUAAAGACGUGACGUGAGACUUCCAUUGGAUAUUUAUGUCUUUAUUUCAUUUUUAACCAGUAAUUUUUUAUUCUUUACUCUCCAGAGGAAGCUUUAUUUUUAGCUCCACAACUGUGAACCAUGCAUUUCUUUUAUUUGUGAUAUCAUUUCUUUCCGUUUUUCUGUUCUCUGAAUUUAACUUUCUCUUGGUUUCGUAUUUUAGCUUCUAUUUUAUGACACCAGCACUGACAAGCAGGGAAUUGUGAUCUUUUAUGCAAAUUGCAAAAUGUGCAAAUUGCCUUGCAGCUUUAAUGUAUCUGAAUGACUAAAUUUCAUAGUUUUUUUAAUGCAUUUUUUUGAUUUACUAUGAAUAAAUAAAUAAAUUAAAUUUAUAUUGUAUUAAAGCUAUACAUUUUGUUAAAAAUGAUUUUGCCUUGUUUUUAUACAUUUGCUCCAAAUCUUUCACAUUUUUGUAACUUUUAUUAACAAUCAGCCGACUGGUGUGUUUGUUUAUUAGCAGCCUGAACAAAUCCAAAUCUGAAAUGAUAAUCCGUGCACCGUCCACAAAUUCACUACUCUCUCGACACCUUUGUGGCAAAAAUGUACAUGGACAAAAAACUAAAACUGCUAUUAAAUCAUAUUUUUCACAGCUUUUGUUUUCAUAAAUCUCUUAAACACCUUCAAGAUUGAAGAUUAAAACUACCCAACAUUCAAUCAAUGUCAGGAUUUCAAGCUUUUAAAUUUCAGUUUGACUGUUUUGAAAUAUUUUAUAUAUCCCCCCAAAAAAUCCUCAAAAUGCAUUAUUUUUACAAGUGGUAAGGGAACUGACAAAAUGACAAAAAAAUUAAAACAGUAUGUUUUAUGUAGCGCCAGAUACUCAUUUUAGACAUUUUAGUUGAACUAACACCACGAAAUAAUCGCUUUUUUAUUGAAAGCUUUGAUUUCUAUAUUAAAAUGAAAAACAUUUCCAAUUUUGUAUUUAACAAUUUCUAAAUGAUUAUUUUUGCGUUCAUGAUGAAAUGACAAAAAAAUGAGGUAAGCAUUUAAUUUUGAAGAAAAGUGGGAACGUUUGACAUUUUUACAGUAUUCUCACAGAUUCAACCAUAUUCACAUUGUAGGCAGUUUAUAUUGUGGGGCUGUUUGUUUGAGUGAAAUCAUUUUUAAAUCCAACUCUGAUUUAUCAGUGUGAAUAUUUAUUAGCAAAAAUUAACAAGAAACCCAACAGAGCGUAUGAAAUAUUAACAAUUUGAAGGAAAUAUCCAGGAACAAAAAUAUUGCAAAAAUUCAUGCCAUAAACUGCAGCACAGUGAAAAAUAAGAUGAAAAAAAUAAUAAAAUAAAAUGAAAAAAAAAACAUUCAAAAAUGUGUGAAGGGGGGCAUAAGAACUAAAUCUGCUUUUGUGUGAUCACAGCCUUGUCUCACUGCUUUAUGUACAGCAUUUCUCUUGUGUUCAACAAUGUUACAAUUGUCUGAAAUAAAGAUAAUUCUAAUAUAUCAAACUG